CUGCUCCGAGCCCGCCCCUGUGCCCCCUCUGCCGGCUUCAGGCCCCUCUGCCGGGUCCCGGGACUUGCUGGCCCUGGGGAGUGAGCUUGCCCACAGGCCUCUCAGCUCUGCUCUCUCGGCCAUUCUUUCCCAGCCGCCGCCUCCUCCCUUCCGUUUCCGAGGGUGGCUGCUGUGGCCCAGCGCGGGGCAGAAAGGCCGGCGGGGGCUCGCCCGCCCCUUCCCCUCAGUGGCCCGCCCUGAUCUGGGCCAACUGAAAUCGCCCGGAGGAGGAAGCACCAACCAGGAACUGGCCGGCCGGCCGGGUUGGCGCGGCCUGAGUCCGUUGGUCCACAGCCUCCCAGAGGCAGGAGCAGCUGGCUUGCAAGGUAUCUUAUUUGCCCUCAGGACGCCACCAUGGGCUUCUCUUCAGAACUGUGCAGCCCCCAGGGCCAUGGGGCAGUGCAGCAGAUGCAGGAAGCUGAGCUUCGCUUGCUGGAAGGCAUGAGGAAGUGGAUGGCCCAGCGGGUCAAGAGCGACCGGGAAUACGCGGGGCUGCUCCACCACAUGUCCCUGCAGGACUCAGGGGGCCAGAGCCGAAGCAGUGGCCUGGACAGCCCCAUCAGCCAGUCCUGGGCUGAGAUUACCAGCCAGACAGAGGGGUUGAGCCGAGUGCUUCGGCAGCACGCGGAGGACCUGAACUCGGGGCCCCUGAGCAAGCUGAGUUUGCUGAUCCGGGAGCGGCAACAGCUGCGCAAGGCCUACAGCGAGCAGUGGCAGCAACUGCAGCAGGAGCUCACCAAGACCCACAGCCAGGACAUUGAGAAGUUGAAGAGCCAGUACCGAGCUCUGGCCCGGGACAGCGCCCAAGCCAGGCGCAAGUACCAGGAGGCCAGCAAAGACAAGGAUCGGGACAAGGCCAAGGACAAGUAUGUGCGCAGCCUGUGGAAGCUCUUUGCCCACCACAACCGCUACGUGCUGGGCGUGCGGGCCGCGCAGCUGCACCACCAGCACCACCACCAGCUCAUGCUGCCCGGCUUGCUGCAGUCCCUGCAGGACCUCCACGAGGAGAUGGCACGCGUGCUGAAGGAGAUCCUGCAGGAAUACCUAGAGAUUAGCAGCCUGGUGCAGGAUGAGGUGAUGGCCAUUCACCGGGAGAUGGCUGCAGCUGCGGCUCGCAUCCAGCCCGAGGCUGAGUACCAGGGUUUCUUGCGACAAUAUGGCUCCACCCCGGAUGUCCCACCCUGUGUCACCUUUGAUGAGUCACUGCUUGAGGAGGGUGAGCAGCUGGAGCCCGGAGAGCUGCAGUUGAACGAGCUGACUGUAGAGAGUGUGCAGCACACGCUGACCUCAGUGAAUGAUGACCUGGCGGUGGCCACCGAAACCACGCUGAGCCGGAAGGAGGUGGUCAGCCAGCUGCAGCGAGAGCUCUGGAGUGAGGAGCAGAACACACAUCCCCGGGAGCGGGUGCAGUUGCUGGGCAAGAGGCAGGCAUUGCAGGAGGCACUGCAGGGGCUGCAGGUUGCCCUGUGCAGCCAGGCCAAGCUGCAGGCCCAGCAGGAGCUGCUGCAGACCAAGCUGGAGCAGCUGGGCCCUGGUGAGCCCCCAGCUGUGCUGCUCCUGCAGGAUGACCGCCACUCCACCUCAUCCUCGGAGCAGGAGCGAGAGGGGGGAAAGACACCCACGCUGGAGAUCAUCAAGAGCCACUUCUCGGGAAUCUUCCGCCCCAAGUUCUCGCUCCCCCCACCACUGCAACUGGUUCCCGAGGUGCAGAAGCCCCUACAUGAGCAGCUGUGGUACCACGGGGCCAUCCCACGGGCGGAGGUGGCUGAGCUGCUUACGAACUCCGGGGACUUCCUGGUGCGGGAGAGCCAGGGCAAGCAGGAGUAUGUGCUGUCAGUGCUGUGGGAUGGCCUGCCACGCCACUUUAUCAUCCAGUCCUCCGACAACCUGUACCGCCUGGAAGGCGACGGUUUCCCCACCAUCCCCCUGCUCAUCGACCACCUGCUCUGCUCCCAGCAGCCCCUCACCAAGAAGAGUGGUGUUGUCCUAUAUAGGGCUGUCCCCAAGGACAAGUGGGUGCUAAACCAUGAGGACUUGGUGUUGGGCGAGCAGAUUGGGCGGGGCAAUUUUGGCGAAGUGUUCAGCGGGCGGCUGCGAGCUGACAACACGCUGGUGGCAGUGAAGUCUUGUCGGGAGACGCUCCCUCCCGACCUCAAGGCCAAGUUCCUGCAAGAAGCCAGGAUCCUGAAGCAGUACAGCCACCCCAACAUUGUACGGCUCAUUGGUGUCUGCACCCAGAAGCAGCCUAUCUACAUCGUCAUGGAGCUGGUGCAGGGAGGCGACUUCUUGACCUUCCUUCGGACUGAGGGAGCCCGCCUGCGCGUGAAGAUGCUGCUGCAGAUGGUGGGGGACGCGGCCUCAGGCAUGGAGUACUUGGAGAGCAAGUGCUGCAUCCACCGGGACCUGGCUGCUCGGAACUGCCUGGUGACAGAGAAGAAUGUCUUGAAGAUCAGCGACUUUGGGAUGUCCCGGGAGGAGGCUGAUGGGAUCUAUGCAGCCUCAGGGGGCCUCAGACAAGUCCCUGUGAAGUGGACCGCCCCUGAGGCCCUGAACUACGGCCGAUACUCCUCUGAGAGCGAUGUGUGGAGCUUUGGCAUCUUGCUCUGGGAGACCUUCAGCCUGGGGGCCUCACCCUACCCCAACCUCAGCAACCAGCAGACGCGGGAGUUCGUGGAGAAGGGGGGUCGCCUGCCCUGCCCGGAGCUGUGUCCUGAUGCCGUGUUCCGGCUCAUGGAGCAGUGCUGGGCCUAUGAGCCUGGGCAGCGGCCGAGCUUCAGCACCAUCUCUCAGGAGCUGCAGAGUAUCCGGAAGCGACAUCGGUGAGGGCGCCAGCCCAUGGUGCCUGCAGGCCGAAGUGUGCCUCCUCCUCCGCGAUCUCUGGUCACACUGAGAGCAGCACCCCACGGUCCUGGGCUCCAACCCCCAGCACCCUCACUGCUGCAGGGGCAGCCCUAGGUCCACUCUGGCCCCUGCUCCUGCCGAGGCGUCCUUCCUUGGAUAGAAACAAUAAAACCACUGUGCCUUUCA